CGUGUCUGCAGCGCGCCAGUACAAUUUUAGAUCUCGAGCGAGCAAGUUCGUCCGGACAAGAGAGCCACAAUUCGAUGAAAGCCGUAUUCUUUGGGGUGUAACUCCGGACUCACAUUGGCCAAGGGAAAAUCAACUUUUGUCGCACUCCAGCGAAGGAUCAUGUACAUUUACCCGAGCUCCCCCGAAUCAGCAUCGUCCUUGCAGUCCGAAGAGAGUGCGGCUAUCAAGAUUCAGGCCGGAUUUCGUGGAUAUCGCGUGCGCAAAGAGAUCCAUCGAUCGAAGAAGUCCGUGAAUCCUCGCCUGUCGAAUCCUCAUCCCAGGAGAAACCAGCGCCAGAGGCCCAAAAACCAGACCCUCAUGGAGAACCAGGAAAAUCAACCCCGCCAAAAUGGCAACGAGCAGAAGACCAGUUCGGAAAAUGCAGGAAAAUCCGUGGAGGAUCGCUGUGCCACCAAAAUUCAGGCAGGAUUCCGGGGAUUUCUGGUGCGCAAGAAGCAGAAAAUCGCCACCGAUGCGGCAGUGAAAAUUCAGGCUGGCUUCCGGGGAUUCAAAACACGCAAGGAGCUGAAGCAGUGCGAGCCCAUUGGGUAAUCCAUGGGCGUUGUUCCACAACUCUGAUUUCUACUGUACAUACAAAUAUGUGUAUUCAAAGAUUGCUGUUGCACAGCAAGGCGUUAAACCUACCGUUUAGUUCAAUAUGUGUCGUGUAAAUAGUUUAAUAUUAACUGAUAGCUUCCAGAAGAAUAAAAUACUCUUACUCAAGAAACCGCAA